AUGUCUUCUUUCUUAGUUCGCACUCGUAAUGCAAUCGAUUGUCGAACAACCUUUACCUUUCGUUAUACAAUACGGGAAUAUUCUAGUAAUUUUUUGUCUAGUCACAUUAAAUUUACAAGUAACCCCGCUCUUUUUUCGCGAAGUAGCGUUCUACUUGAGAGAAAAUUACCAAGAUUUACUAGAUUAUACGCUACUGAAGUUGAAAAUAACCAACAACAUAAAGAUCAUAAAAAUGGAGAAAAAAACGAACAACAAAGCAGGAAUCAAGACUCGCCGGAACAAAAAAAGGAUGUCUCUAACUUUGAAAAAGAUUUAGAGCAGAUUAUGUCAAAAAAAACGCCCAAAGGCUUUGAUAAUUUCUUAAAGAAAGGAAGACCUAGCAGUGCUUCAGAUAAUCAAAACCAAGACGGAAAAUCAUCACAUCCUGAAACCGAGAACAUUCCACGUCCUCCACAUGACGAUAAAUCUAAUAAACCUAAGCAACCAAACCCAAAAGACACUUGGACUAUGAGUAUUAAUGUCAAUACAUUAAUACCAUUAAUGUUUUCAGCAUAUCUUUUAUAUAAGUUUACUGGUGCAGAUAAUUCCCGUGAGAUUACAUGGCAAGAAUUCCGAACAGCAUUUUUGGAUAAGGGAUUAGUAGAUAAAUUGGUGGUGGUGAAUAGAAAAAAAGUUAAAGUCUAUUUGCACUCUAAUGUCACUGGACAAAUGUAUCCGAAUCCACCUGUUCAACCGGGUGUACAAUAUCACUUUAGCAUUGGUUCUGUGGAAGCUUUCGAACGAAAAUUGGAAGAUGCACAAAGAGAACUGGCAAUUCCAUCUAUUGAACGCAUACCGGUAGCAUAUCAUGAUGAAAUAAAUAUUAUGAAUACAUUAUUACAUUUCGCGCCUACACUCUUAUUAGCUGGGGCUCUCUUUUGGAUUACUAGACGUGCAGGUAGUGCUGCCGGGUCUCAAGGCAUAUUUGGUAUUGGUAAGUCAAAAGCCAAAUUAUAUAAUCAUGAAACAGACGUCAAGGUGAAAUUUAAGGAUGUAGCAGGAAUGGACGAAGCAAAAGAAGAGAUUAUGGAAUUUGUUAAAUUUUUAAAAGAUCCAACAACUUAUGAGAAAUUAGGUGCGAAAAUUCCUAAAGGAGCAAUUUUGAGUGGUCCUCCAGGUACCGGAAAAACAUUAUUAGCUAAAGCAACUGCAGGUGAAGCCGGUGUUCCUUUCUUAAGUGUUUCCGGAUCCGAAUUUGUAGAGAUGUUCGUUGGUGUCGGUCCCUCGCGUGUUCGAGAUUUAUUCGCCAAUGCAAAAAAACAUGCACCUUGCAUAAUUUUUGUCGAUGAAAUUGAUGCGAUAGGUAAAGCGCGGGGUAAAAGUGGACAAUUUGGUGGAAAUGAUGAGCGUGAAAGUACACUUAAUCAACUAUUGGUAGAAAUGGAUGGUUUUGGUUCAAGUGAACACGUCGUAGUGUUAGCAGGCACUAAUCGUCCAGAUGUACUUGAUCCAGCAUUAUUACGUCCUGGUAGAUUCGAUCGUCAUAUUGCGAUAGAUCGACCAGAUAUAAAAGGAAGAAGUGAAAUAUUUAAAGUGCAUCUUAGACCAAUUAAGAUAAAAGAAGAUAGUGAGAAUUUGGCGAAUAAAUUAGCCUCUUUAACGCCUGGAUUUUCCGGAGCUGACAUUGCUAAUGUCUGUAAUGAAGCAGCAUUAAUAGCAGCCAGAUAUCAUAAAGAUUGGGUCGGAGAAGAACAUUUUGAACAGGCAAUCGAAAGAGUUAUCGCUGGUCUCGAAAAGAAAUCACGAUUAUUGUCACCUGAAGAAAAGAAAACUGUUGCAUAUCAUGAGGCAGGACACGCGGUUGCCGGCUGGUUCUUGGAGCAUGCUGAUCCGUUACUUAAAGUUUCGAUAAUUCCACGAGGAAUAGGUGCGCUCGGAUAUGCACAAUAUCUACCAAAAGAUCAAUAUUUAUACUCUACGGUUCAACUACUUGAUCGCAUGUGUAUGACACUGGGGGGUCGUGUCUCUGAAGAAAUUUUUUUUAACAUUGUUACUACUGGUGCACAGGAUGAUCUACAAAAAGUCACCAAAAUGGCAUAUGCUCAGGUGUCAACCUAUGGAAUGAAUGCGCGUAUUGGCUCAUUGUCAUUCCAUAAUCCGGGUGAUAAUGAACCUCAGUUUCAGAAACCUUAUUCAGAAGAGACGGCACGUAUGAUCGAUGAAGAGGUUAGAAAUCAUGUGCGAAUGGCAUAUGAACGGACAGUAAAAUUAUUGACCGAUCGUAAAAAUGAUGUCGAAAAGGUAGCGCAAUUUUUAUUAUUAAAAGAAGUUUUGAAACGUGAAGACAUGAUCUCUAUAUUGGGAAAGAGGCCUUUCCCAGAAAAGAAUCCUUUUGAAGAACUCACUCGGUCAAAUUCACCGGAGGCAAAGGAAGAAACACCCAAAGAACCUGGUCAUGAGGAAAGUGAAGAUACUCUUCCAAUAGAGAUUUAUGGUCCAUCUGGACUACGCCGUUAUCUGCGUAAUAGUUUAUCCCUAACUUAUUCAAAUCUAGGUCGUAUGUACAGAGUACAUGAACUUUUAUUUGUCAAUGACCCAAUCGAUUCACUCGACGAUAACGAGAAGUUACAUCAAAAUGAGUUGAUGGGAGAAAACUUGCUUAUUGAUGAAACCAAAAAUCAAUGGAUUGUAUUUGAUGAUGCAUCAUGUACCGUUUAUGCAGCUCCAAUCCAGCAUAGUAUCCCUUGUCUAGGUUAUGUUUAUCACGAGAAGCCAUUACCCGGUAAAAUUGAUAUUAACGAGAUGAAGCCACCAUUGAUGCGUAAUCGAGAAGCAUUAGGUUUAAAAAAUCCAUUGGCGUUGAUAAAGAAGUUGCAAGAUGGAGAAACGCUAGAACUUCCUGAUGGAACUGUCUUAAAACCGCCACCUAAGAAACCUGGACGAAAGAUUGUCAUACUCGGAGAUACAUUCGAUCCAACAGGCAUUGCACAGUUAGCAAAAGGUGCCGACCUAUUGGUACAUGAAAGUACAAAUGCUUUGACUUCUUUGGAUGGGAAAUCUGCUAAUUAUGAGGAGAUCGAGCAACGCUCUAAAUCUCACGGACAUUCAACUGCCGAUCAAGCCGGUGCAUUCGCAAAAAGAGUCGGAGCGAAGAAACUAGUGUUAACCCACUUCAGUCAUCGAUAUCAAGGUGGUGAAACCAAUGAGCAUAUUCAAAUCAUGGAAGAGAUUCGUCAAGCUGCGGUCCAAACAUUUGAAAGUGACCAAGUAGUUUGUGCUAGAGAUUUAAUGUUCAUCGAUAUUCCAAUUAAACAAUCAGAAGAGCACAAUAGUUAUUAA